CCGCAGCCGAACCGGGCUGCGGAAGUUCGAGGGCGCGGGGUGAGCGGCUGCGGCGUCGGCGCCCGUGUCCCCGCAGCGGAGAUCGCGGACGCGGGACCGAGCCCUUCCGACGCCCAGCAUGGACCUGGAAACCAAAAUGAAGAAGAUGGGCUUAGGUCAUGAACAAGGAUUUGGAGCCCCUUGUCUACGAUGCAAAGAGAACUGUGAAGGGUUUGAACUGCACUUCUGGAGAAAAAUAUGCCGUAACUGCAAAUGUGGGCAAGAAGAACAUGAUGUCCUCUUGAGCACUGAAGAGGAUCGGAAAGUAGGAAGACUCUUUGAAGACACCAAGUACACCACCCUGAUUGCCAAGCUGAAGUCAGAUGGAAUUCCCAUGUAUAAACGCAAUGUUAUGAUAUUGACCAAUCCAGUUGCUGCCAAGAAGAAUGUCUCCAUCAACACUGUUACCUAUGAGUGGGCUCCCCCCGUCCAGAACCAGGCAUUGGCCAGACAGUACAUGCAGAUGCUGCCUAAGGAGAAGCAGCCAGUGGCAGGCUCAGAGGGGGCACAGUACCGGAAGAAGCAGCUGGCCAAGCAGCUCCCUGCACAUGACCAGGACCCUUCGAAGUGCCACGAGUUGUCACCCAAAGAGGUGAAGGAGAUGGAGCAGUUCGUGAAGAAAUAUAAGAGCGAGGCUCUGGGAGUGGGUGAUGUGAAGCUCCCCUCUGAGAUGAAUGCUCAGGGGGACAAGAUGCACAGCCCUGCUGGGGAUAGAAACACUCCGGCAGCUCUGGUCUCCAAGGACAAGUCUGCCGAGCCCAAGAAGACCCAAUAUUCCUGUUACUGCUGCAGACUGACCAUGAAGGAAGGAGACCCGGCCAUCUAUGCUGAAAGGGCUGGCUACGAUAAACUCUGGCACCCGGCUUGUUUCAUCUGCAGCGUCUGUGGUGAGCUCCUGGUGGACAUGAUUUACUUCUGGAAGAAUGGAAAGCUGUACUGUGGCAGACAUUACUGUGACAGUGAGAAGCCCCGCUGUGCUGGCUGUGAUGAGCUGAUAUUCAGCAAUGAGUACACCCAAGCAGAGAACCAGAACUGGCACCUGAAACAUUUCUGCUGCUUUGACUGUGACAACAUUCUGGCGGGAGAAAUAUACGUGAUGGUCAACAACAAGCCCGUGUGCAAGCCCUGCUAUGUGAAGAACCAUGCUGUGGUGUGCCAAGGCUGCCACAACGCCAUCGACCCGGAAGUGCAGAGAGUGACCUACAAUAACUUCAGCUGGCAUGCGUCCACAGAGUGCUUCCUAUGUUCCUGCUGCAGCAAGUGUCUUAUCGGGCAGAAGUUCAUGCCCGUCGAAGGGAUGGUUUUCUGUUCCAUGCAGUGUAAGAAGAUGAUGUCCUAGGAGGAGAGAACCGAGCAGUCUUGAGCCAUAGCUGUCCAAAGUGGCCUGCAUUUCACAAUAAAAUGCAAUUCAAAAACAAUAAUAAUAAAAGGAAAAAAAACCUAUAGAGCAAACCAGAAGAUUUUGUCCAAAAUUUUCCUUUUUUUAACCUUAUGAAUUUUGUCUGUCUUAAUUUUAAAU